AUGGGUCGUUACCAUCUUUACCGAUACCUCUUCGCUGCCUUAUUACUCGCCCCGACUGCGGUCAGUAGCCGUGUUAAAAAGAGAUCGACACUUGAUACGCUAUAUGCUGAACUCUCUGUAGUUGAGGAACAAGAUGUGGAUACCUUCGCAGAGAAUUUGGAUUUCAUCACCCGGCAGACUCUAGAAAGAGCAAGAAUACAAUGGGCAGACUUGCGUCCCCGUCAAAUAACCUUACUCGAACCAAAUCCCUACUUUCGCAUCUGCCUUAACGAGGCAUUGAACACCUCUUUCCUUUGCCUCAAGAAACGCAUUGACCGAGAGCAGUUGUGUCCCACUGAGGGCGUUUGUUGCUCACGUUUUCAACAGCAUCAAAAGCCCUUCGAUGCUCUUGCAUCUCCUACGGGUGAAAUGCGACAAGAUGAUUGCUCGAUGUCCCUCAUUCUGAUGGUGGAUUUGGUUAGUAUCUUUGAUAACGUCAUGCAACAGCGGCUCCUAUCCCUCUCCAUCCGUGUGUUGGAUAUAAAUGACCACGCCCCCACGUGGCAGCUCCAAAGAACCUCGCAUCCACUCGUCCGAUCGUCUAGCGACCACAGUCACUUAAAUGCAGGCAUCCCUGUACUUAAUUUGCCGAUUAGGGAGCACACAAAAGUGGGGACAAAGAUUGAGCUUCCAGAAGCUAUGGAUCCUGAUGCCUAUCCAGAAAAUACAACAGUGAAUUAUGGCAUAGAAUCAGAUGUGGAUGGUCUAUUUUCACUCGAAUGGACAGGAAAAUCUAGAAGCAUCUCAAAUUUUAUCGACUCAAAUCCACCACCUUACAAACUGUGGUUGGUAUUGAAUAAGGAGCUGGAUCGUGACAAGCAGAAAUCGCAUCAGGUAAAAAUAUUCGCAGUGGAUGGAGGAGCUGUGAAGCCGCAAACUGGAUACCUCAUGCUUAAUAUAACUGUGGAGGAUGUGAAUGACCACCCACCGAAUUUUGAGAAAAACAAGGAUCUGGUUUGGGUGCUGGAACACAGUCCUAUCGGGAGUGUUAUUUAUAGACUACGAGCAAGUGAUAAGGACGAAUCGGAUCUGGGUAAACUGGAGUUUGGACUUGCUGCCUCAGUGACCUCGCAGGUUGCUAGUCUCUUCGUGGUGGAUAAGCGUACAGGUGAAAUUAGGGUGCAGGGUGAACUGGACUACGAGAAAAUAACCUCCUAUAAACUCUCUGUGACGGUUACGGAUGGAUUAUGGUUUGAUGAGGCGGUCAUAGUUGUCGGUAUUCUUAACAUUAAUGAUCAUCCACCUGCUAUUAACCUUCAUUCACACCUCACUGCAACAUCGCGAUUUCAUCUCUUUGAUCCUCAUCACCGUGUUUCCGGCUCACAGUUAACCAUAGAAGUUAAAGAAAAUGGUCCACCGGAUCAGUUGAUAGCAACCUUUACUGUAACGGACGGCGAUGAUGCAGCAGAGGCGAGGUUCCUUCGGUCUAACAAUCCUAUCCGGGACGCCUUUCUACAGGCUAAUGGACUCAGUCUUCAAGAGGCCACAGAACGGCUAAAACAACCUCCGCGAUGCAAACUCAAUAACGAGAUGAUGGAGAUUGAACUCCUUAAUCUUGACAGCCAGUCACACAAAGCUAGAUUUCAGGUGCGUCUUGCUAAGAAGCCGUUGGAUAGAGAGGUUUCCGCCAAAUAUUUGGUCCGAAUCGAGUGCUGGGAUCAGGCUGACCGAUUUGGUAAUCACAUCCUUGUGCAGAGUAAUUUGGUGGGUUAUAGAAACUCUUUCUCGCGUUCAAAAAGCGUGGUUUUCACCGUUGUUGUUUUGGACGAAAAUGACUCUGUACCUCAGUUUGUGGGACCUCUGGUUGGAAGCAUUGCCGAAGGUCAGCCGGUUGGAACUUUAAUCUCCCAGAUUACAGCAAACGAUGCAGACGACCCGUACACAUUGAAUGGACAAGCUGGACUACGUUAUUCGAUCGUUGGUGAACCUGAUGUCACUUAUGUUGCUCAAUCAAAUCCCUCAAACCUCACUUUCCCCGUAAACACGCAAGGCGUGUCCACGUGGCUCACACUGGAUCCAAGAACGGGUGAGCUUCGAUCAGCAGUCAUCUUUGACCGUGAGGUCGUAUCCUUCUUCAAUCUAACCAUAAGUGUUACUGAUGGUGGGGAGGAGACUAAUUCCAGCCUCAAACGCAACAGCGCCUUUACAACAGUUCAAAUCACCGUCUCAGAUGUCAACGACUGUCAGCCUGUAUUUGACACACUUGUCUACCAGCUAAAUAUUAGCGAAAGCGCAACACCACCUCUGUUGGUGGGAGAGGUGCAUGCAAACGACUGCGAUGCUGAUGAAACAAACCGGCAUCUCUACUACUGGCUUCAACAACAACCUUCAAAUUCCACUUCCGCUGGUCGUUGGUUCACUGUUUCACGUACGGGUGAACUGUACUUAGGUUCUAAGGUUACAAACGAUGGAAAGGUACACGACUGGAGGCCUUUGGACCGGGAAAGGGAGGAACUUAUUGUCCUUGAGGUGCUUGCAAGGGAUCAUGGUCAGCCAUCGUUGACGGGAUCAGCGCAAGUCAUCAUCCGACUUCAGGAUGUAAAUGACAAUUCACCCGUCUGGCAUUUUCCGAAGCCCAAUGAGCGUGUCAUCAAUAUCUCCUUGGAUGCUUCCGUUGGACAGCGAAUAGCUGAAGUAAGUCCUGUUACAAGCUAA